AUGUCCACCACAACAACCACAAAAGUAGCAGCCCUCCUCACGAUCCUCACCUCCAUCGGAGGCAUAACCGGCUACCUGCGCGCGCGCUCCCUCCCCUCCCUAAUCGCCGGACUAUCCGUCUCCUUCCUGUACCUGCUCUCGUACCUCCGACUACGCGCGAACCAGCCUUACGGGGCAGAGAUCGGUCUUCUGGCCUCGAUUAUCCUCGGCGGUGCGUCGAUCCCUCGCGCGAUUAAGACGGGGAAGGGGGUCCCUACGGGGUUGGGCGUGGUGGCGGUCCUUGGGGGUGUGGUUUUUGGGAAUGCACUUCUUAGUGCUAAUUAG